UGAGUUGAGUGGUAAUUUAGAGAUUUAGAGGUUAAAGCAAGUUGAAGUACACUACGUAAACAACAUAACAUUAAGGGAAAGUCAAGAAAGACUGAUCACUAAAGUAACGUUGUACAAAUUUUACUUAAAGUUAUGUAAUUUAUAUAAAUAAAAUGACAGACGAGAAAGCGCAGACGCAAGAAUUUAAAUUAGAUCCAGAUUGCGAAUUACGAUUCGAAGUUGAAACCAAAAAUGAAAAAGUUACACUUGAGUUGAAAAGUGGUUUAGCAGAAGUUUUUGGUACAGAAUUAGUAAAAGGGAAGAAAUAUGACUUUACAGCUGGAGCUAAAGUAGCUGUAUUUACCUGGCAAGGCUGUACAGUAGAAUUAGUUGGAAAAACUGAUGUUAGUUAUGUUGCUAAAGAGACUCCAAUGGGUCUUUAUCUAAAUUGUCAUGCAGCAAUGGAAAGGCUUAGAGAAGCUGCGGAGAAAGAUGAAACUAGAGGACCGAUAACAAUGCUUGUAGGUCCCUGCGACGUUGGAAAAUCAACAUUAUGUAGAAUUCUACUGAAUUAUGCAGUUAGAAUGGGCCGCAGGCCAAUUUUUGUAGAUUUGGAUGUUGGUCAAGGGCAUAUAGCAAUACCUGGUACUGUUGGAGCUUUACUAGUCGAACGUCCAUCCAACAUUGUGGAAGGCUUCAGUCAACAAGCACCAUUAGUCUUUCAUUUUGGUCAUAAGGCUCCACACAUGAAUGUUACUCUUUAUAAUCUUCUUGUAACGCGUCUUGCAGAAGUUUGUUCCGAUCGGCUCCAAGCUAAUAAAAAGGCUAGAAUUUCUGGCAUUGUAAUAAAUACAUGUGGUUGGGUCAAAGGAGCUGGGUAUAAACUAUUGACUCAUGCUGCACAAGCGUUCGAAGUUGAUGCGAUUAUGGUAUUAGAUCAAGAAAGACUUUAUAAUGAACUCGUUAGGGAUAUGCCAGACUUUGUUAAAGUAGUUUUUCUACCUAAGAGUGGUGGAGUCGUAGAAAGGAGUCAAGCACAGAGGACAGAAGCUAGAGAUCAAGGUGUAAGAGAAUAUUUUUAUGGAUCUAGAACUCCACUCUAUCCACACAGUUUUGAAGUAAAAUGGAGCGAAGCAAGAUUGUAUAAAAUUGGAGCUCCGGUAUUACCUGCAUCCUGUAUGCCACUUGGAAUGAAGGCAGAAGAUAAUCUAACAAAAUUGGUAGCUGUUACACCAGGGCCAAAUCUACUUCAUCAUUUAUUAUCAGUUUCAUUUGCUGAUUCUCCAGAAGAUGACGUAGUACAAACUAAUGUUGCUGGAUUUGUCUGUGUGACCAAUGUUGAUGUGGAAAGACAAACAUUUACAGUUUUAAGUCCGCAACCAAGGCCAUUACCAAAUACAGUUUUGUUACUUUCAGAUAUUCAAUUUAUGGACAGUCAUUAAUUUUGUUAUCCAAUUUAUUAAGAUUGUAAUAAAAUCAGCAGUUUCUUAAGUA